AUGGCGGGCGAAGUGCGGCAACCUAUAGAUCUCCCUUCGUUGGAGCGGUACAUCGACCAGCAUGUUCCUGCUCUCAAGACUCCGCUGGGGCUGAAGCAGUUCGGCUUCGGGCAAUCCAACCCUACCUACCAGCUUACAAGUGCCGAUGGCAAGCAGUAUGUCCUGCGCAAGAAGCCUCCGGGCAAGCUGCUCUCAAAGACAGCGCACCGGGUGGAUCGAGAGUUUCAAAUCAUUCAGGCACUGGGGCAGACUGAUGUACCGGUGCCCGAGGCUUUAAGUCUGUGCGAGGACAACAGUGUGAUCGGCACGCCAUUUUACAUUAUGGAGUUCUUGGAUGGGCGACACUUCACUGACCCAGCGAUGCCUGGUGUCAGCGCAGACGAAAGGAAUGCACUAUGGAAAUCUGCUGUGGAAACACUAGCCAAAUUCCACCGGGUCAUUCCUAAGGACCUGGGCCUUGAGAAGUUCGGCAAGCCGACGGGGUUCUACGACCGCCAGAUUGCAACAUUCACGACCGUGUCCAAGGCCCAGGCCCAGGUGGUCGACGCCGAUACUAAGGAACCCGUAGGCGAGCUCCCCCACUUCGAGGACAUGGUAAAAUUCUUCGCGCAGAAGACGACGCAGCCGCGCGAUCGGGGCACGUUGGUGCACGGAGACUACAAGAUCGACAACUUGAUCUUCCACCGGACGGAGCCGCGAGUGAUUGGAAUUCUGGACUGGGAAAUGGCAACCGUGGGCCAUCCGCUCUCGGACUUUUGCAAUCUGACAAGCCCGUACAUCAUGGAGGGCGCGGACAGCAACACAGAGUCGUUCCAGCCCGGACGAGUGCCGGGGCUGCCGUCGCGCGAGGAGUGCAUGCGCUGGUACAGUGCGGUGGCAGGAUAUAAUCCGACGGAAGACAUCCUCUGGGGUGAUGCGUUCUUCGCAUUCCGAGGCUCCGUAAUUAUGCAGGGCAUUGCGGCCCGUUUUGCAGGCCGGCAGGCGAGCAGUGCACGGGCGGGCGACUACGCUAAGCGGGCCAAGCCAUUUGCACUGUAUGCGUGGGAACAGGUGAAGCAGGUACAACGGAAAUCGCAGCAGAAGGGCAAAUUGUAG